AUGAAUUUAACUAACAUUACACUCUUACUUGGUUUGUCUAUAUUAUUGAUUAUAUCCACAACAGUAAAUGGUUCUUCACUACGACAAGCUCGUGAGAAUGAUCAUAAUAUUUGGUUAAGAAUAAAUAAACGAUUUGCACAACCUAAUAAUGAUGAUCGUUCAACGAUGUUAUUUAUACGUUCACUGCUAAGAACACAUGAUGAUGAUGAAAAAACACUUAGGUUUGAUAAAGAUUCAACCGGCUCUCAUCCAACCGGUCAUUCAUUUGAUAAGCGAGAUGCGUUGCAAACGUGGUGUAACCAAAAUCCUGCAACAUGUCAAGAUGGAUGGGAAUGGUGUGAAGCAAACAGACAAGUAUGUGAAGAAAAAGCUAAAGAUUAUUGUAAAAAGUAUUCAACAGCUCAUCCAGAUGACUGUGAACAAUUUGUCUAG